AUGGGAGCUGGAGCCGAUAGCAUCAGGUCCAGCGAGACACUCGAGAGCCGUCGCCUGCCGCACCAGAGGCUUCUGGAUGCAAUUCUCCCUGCACGAUCGCGCUCAACGGAUCGCAGUAGCGAGUCUGUGCACUCGUCGAACAGCUCCAUCGGGACGUCGUCGAAGGAAGAAGAACGUGAACGCAAGAAUGAAGUGCUGCGGGCGUUCGAGCGUGAAGUUCAGAUGCGUCGUCGUAUGUCGGCGCAGAAGGCAGAGGAGAUCGAGUCUUGCGAGGAAAAGGCCCGCUACGGUCAGUGGGAUGUUUACCAUACCGAGCCCAAGGAAUGGAAGCAUUUGGACGAUGUGCGUAAACUCAACAGCCUCGCCAUAUCGGACCCGGAGGUGAUGGAGGCAUGCGUUGGCUCGCACUGGUCGUUCCGUGUGCGCAUUCAUGCCAUGCGUAAUAUGAGCGCGCACUUGGCAUUUGUGGUGCUUCGUGAGCAUGGCAUUACCAUGCAGGCUGUGCUGACCGAGCGUGGCACGGGUAUCACACCACACAUGAUGCACUGGGUGAUGCGUUUGCCAGUCGAGACGCUUCUGUUUGUGCGUGGUGUGAUGCAAAAGCCGGUGGAAGUGAUCUCUGGUUGUGACAUUACGCACUUGGAACUGAAACUGACGCAUGUGCACGUUGUGUCGGAAAUCACCGAGUCGCUUCCGUUCACAGUCUACGCCGCAGAACGCUCUGUGAACAGCCGCCUAGAGGAGCAUCAGGACUUGGACGACGCGGCAAGCGACCAAGCUUCCGCCGAGGUGGAGCCCGACCAAGCGUCGCAGCGUAGCUCGGUGCAGCAUGGUACGCAAUCGCUCAUUAUCACGCAGCGUACACGUCUGACAAACCGGUUGAUUGACUUACGUACGCCCACGAUGCAGGCAACGUUCAAGAUUCAGUCGGUCAUCUGCCGCGAGUUCCGCAACUUUUUGAAUGCGCGUGACUUUACGGAGAUCCACACGCCGAAGCUGCAGGGCGGCGCGUCGGAAUCGGGCGCCAGCGUGUUCCAAGUGAACUACUUUGGCCGCUCCGCGUUCCUUGCGCAGAGCCCGCAGUUGUACAAGCAGAUGUGCAUUGCGUCAGACAUGCGGCGCGUCUUUGAGAUUGGCCCAGUGUUCCGUGCGGAGAACUCCAAUACACCGCGUCACAUGACAGAGUACACAGGCUUGGAUAUCGAGAUGGAGAUCAACCACUACUACGAUGCGCUCUCGGUGAUUGAUGGCAUGCUGAAGCACAUUUUCAAGGUGCUCCACAACGAGUGCCAAGACGCGAUUCAGCAGGUGCGUAAACACUUCAACGUCCCAGAGCUCGUAUGGCUCGACCAGACGCUGGUCCUGCACUUUUCAGAGGGUAUUCGUAUGCUCAAGGAGGCAGGCUACAGGGAAGAGGACGGCAGUGAGCCGGACGAGUUUGAAGAUCUACACACGCGGGCCGAGAUUCGCCUCGGUGAGCUGGUCAAGGAGAAGUAUGGCACCGACUACUAUGUGCUCGACAAGUUCCCCCGCAAUGCGCGUCCCUUCUAUGCGCUGUGCGAUCCCAAGGAUGAGCGCCGUACAAACACGUUUGAUAUCUUUGUGCGUGGCCAGGAGAUUUGUACUGGUGGCCAGCGUAUCCACCGCUCUGAAAUGCUUGAAGAGAACAUCCGCCGUAUGGGCAUCGACUCGGCGGGCUUGGAAGAGUACCUGGAAGGUUUCCGUCUGGGUGCGCCGCCGCAUGCCGGUUGUGGUAUUGGUUUAGAGCGCCUGGUCAUGCUCUACCUGAACCUAGACGACAUUCGCCUUGCGUCGCUCUUCUACCGUGACCCGAAGAGCUUUGCCGUGAAGGCGCACCAGGAACUGCGUCAUCCUGACGCUGGUACCAACCCGCCGCCGUGGCUGCAGUCGCGCAACAAGAACGCACCGCCGCCACCCAAGGAGCUGCAGCCGUUGGAGCACCUCAUUGCGAACUACGGUGACUCGACCAACACGUCCUGGCUCGACGACCGUAUCAAGGUCUGGCGUCAUCCCGACACAGGUGCGGCGGUGGGCUACACCAAGCGCAAGCACAACAUUCUCGUGGUCGGCAACCCGCUGUGUGACCACUCGCAGUACGAGAAUGUCAUUAGCAAGUUCCUGGAAUUCUGCCGUCUUGAGCUGCAAGGCAAGCCGAUCUGGCUCAUGGUCAGUGAGUCGGUAGAAGGCAUCCUGGGUGGUCGUCAUGGCUGGUGCACGCUGACGUGUACGGCGGACCAGCGUAUCAAGGACGUGCGUCGUAACCCUGCCAAGAACGAUCACGAAAUCCAGCGCAAGAUCCGCCAUGCGAACAAGGUGGGUGUGUCGAUUCAGGAAGUGGCGUUCCACCAGACGGUGCCGGAGGACGUGAAGAAGGAGUGCGACGCGCGUAUCCAGGAGUGGCAGCGCAACCGCAAGGGUAUGCAAGUGCACUUGACGGAUGUGCGUCCGUGGGUCGACGAAGAGCACCGCGCCUACUAUUUAGCCCGCGACGAGAACAAGAAGGUGUGCUGUAUGGUCGUGUUUGCGCAGCUGGCGCCGUCGAAUGGCUACCAGGUGAAGUGGGCCAUCAGCUUCCCCAACGCGCCCAACGGUGCAAUUGAAAUGACCAUCCUACAUGCGCUUGAUAUGGCCGGCUCGAACCCGAUCACGUUCGGUACCGCUGCGGCAUCGAAAGUCGAGGCUGUUCAUGGCCUGAGCGGCAUUGCCUUCAAGAUGCUCUCCCGCGUGUACAACAGUGUGGCCGACCGGUCCCAUCUGCAGAACAAGUCCGAUUUCCGUGAGAAGCUCGGCACAGUCCGUGACCCCACUUAUAUUUGCUACCCGAAGGGCGGUAUGACGAUGCUGGCCGUCCGCGAUCUGAUUGAAUUCUUCCGUGAAUAG